GGUGAGAGUGUCUCAUUCUUUCGUGUGCGGAAACCAUCGCAGCAAAACAUGUCGACGUCAAAUUUGCCAUUAAAUCUGACCGUACGUGCCCACCCGGUCGUUCUGUUCCAGAUCGUCGAUGCCUACGAGCGCCGGAAUGCUGAUUCACAGCGAGUCAUCGGAACUCUGCUCGGUUCGAUCGAGAAGGGAGUUGUUGAAGUGACAAACUGCUUCUGCGUUCCCCACAAAGAGCAUGCCGACCAGGUGGAAGCCGAGCUGGGUUAUGCUUCGGAUUUAUAUGACCUGAAUCGUCGCGUUAAUCCGUCGGAAAAUAUUGUCGGUUGGUGGGCCACUGGUCAAGAAGUUACUAACCACAGCUCUGUCAUCCACGAAUACUAUGCCCGUGAGUGCAACAAUCCAAUUCAUUUAACGUUGGACACGUCGCUGACAUCCGCUCGAAUGGGUAUUAGAGCAUACGUGUGCGUUUCGCUUGGUGUUCCUGGUGGCAAAACCGGAUGUAUGUUCACUCCAAUUAACGUUGAAAUCACCAGCUACGAGCCGGAGGUGGUCGGACUUCAUCUUAGUAUGAAAACGAUUGGGGUUCAACCUAAUCCUGCUCGACCGCGCACAGUCUCGCCGAUGUUGGAUCUGGCCCAAAUCACCGAAGCUUCCGGUAAAUUGCUUACCCUGUUGGGUGAGGUUCUGAACUAUGUGGAAGAUGUGCUGGCGGAGAAACAACAACCAGAUAACACUGUUGGACGGGCUUUGCUGGACUUGAUUCAUUCUGUUCCGAACAUGACUUCCGAUCAGUUUGCACAGAUGUUCAACUCGAACGUGAAAGAUUUGCUGAUGGUUGUAACAUUGUCGCAGCUAAUCAAAACCCAAUUGCAACUGAACGAGAAACUAACCAGCCUUACUUCUUUCAUCAAUUAAAUAGCAACGUAACUCAGAACAGACACUACAAAUAAGGUGGACAUUGCAAGUUGAGUGCAGAAAGAAAGAUCACAUUCGUAGGAAACUCAUUUGAUAAAGUAUUUACUGUUUGUGAUAAAGGCAAAUAAAAAGUUCGGCGUAGAAUGAAAA